AUGUCGAACUCGCAUCUGCCCAAUUCCCACGAAGAGGUUACUCCAGCGUGGAGGCCUUACAAAUUCCCUAGAAUUCCAUUGCCCGAUGCAAUUAAAACAAGCCCUGUAGCAGACUCUGAUGGACAUAAAUACAGUGGUAGCGUCCCACCAGACUGGUGCGGCAAGGGUGGUCGGCGACUUGCAGCCCAUGGUGGGUAUUGCGCCACAGUUCUGAUGAUGACAGCGCGGCAAUAUCACCAUGACAAGCACGGAAGCCUCGAGAACAUGGAACCUCUGAACAUAUCCGUGGAGUACCUCGAACCAUUACCUCAGGGUCAAUUCGAGAUUGCCCUUGAAACUCUGAGCAUUGGUAAGCGAACUUCGACUGUUGAAGCCAGGCUCAAGUCGUUGGAAGCCUAUGAAGAUAAGGUCUGCACUAUUGCCAUAGUAAGGCUUGGUACAUUGAAAGACAACGGUCAGGUAAUCAAUAUGCAACCGUCAGUUUGGCCAUUGCCCGAUCGAAUGAAGGAUUGUACUCGGUGGUCAGAUGCAGGCUACUAUUAUAUGAACCCCCCUGCGUCGACGAUAAGGACGUACACACCCAAGGGCGACAACGCGCCACUGUGGAGCAAAAAGUUCGGAGGCCAGAACACCAGAUAUCAGUGGGUGAAACUGGACAAUGAUAAAAAGUUCGGCUUAGAGCACUUGCCAGUACUGGCGGACUUGGUUCCUCCCAUCUUCCUCAACUAUGACGAGAAUGGGAUGGAGGCCGCCAGCAGCUGGGGUAUGCCCACCACCGCUAUGAGCAUUAUGUUCCGGUCUGAAGUUACUUCACAGGACUGGCUCCUCACUCGAACCACGAUGAAGAGAUUACACGGUGGGCGGUUUGAUAUGAACAUCGAGAUCCUCAAUGAAGAUGGAAAACUACUUGCUUCUUGCGUACAGAUUUGUUCUGUUAUACCUCUUGGAAAGCCUAAUCCCCAGACUCCAGGAAAGCUUUAG